CAGCUACGCUUCUCACUUCCUCUUUAACGAGGACGUUUUUGCAAGAAGCGUCUUGGGGUGUAGUGAGAGUGAGCGAGAGAGAGAGAGAGAGAGAGAGGCACACACAUGCAGGCCGAGUGGUUUUCAGGAGUGAUCUGAAGCUGUCUGUCUGUGUCGACUUCGUCUUGGACUUCCUGGGAGAACUGUUGAAUCUCAGCUCUGGAGAUUUGAGACACUAAACUGAACCUUCAGUUAACGUGGAGAGUUUGCACUGUCGCCGUAUCCAUCAUCCAUCAUCAUCAUCAUCACAUUUCUCUUACUUUCGCUUGUGAGAGCUGAGGUGUGGCUGCUGUCUGAUGGGUGAAGCCUCCUUUUGGAAUGCAGCUCCAGGACUUUAAUCAGGAUCUUAUUCCAACGGAUCCCUGCGUGAACUGACUCCUCCAGAGUGUCGGACAGACGACAGAGGAGAGCAGGAUGAGUUCAGAGCGAAUACCUCCCAAGGCGGAGGUGAUCGGAUGGAGCCCUCAAACCCUGGCUGAGUACCUCAGAAGGAUGAGCUUGCCUGGUUGUGAUAAAGUGGUGUUGAAUAAUUCUAUAAACGGACUCGGAUUUCUGAAUAUGAAUGAAAACGCCCUGCAGAAGUUCCCCAAAAUCCACGCUCCUAUGAUCUCUAAGCUCUGCACUGAGAUCAAUAAGAAAGAAGAAAGAAGAGGCUUCUUCGGUAAAAAACCCACGGUUCCCAAGUAUGUUCAACCAGACACGCCUGUUGAUGACCAAGGCUGGGAUGAAGAUGAAUUUGACAGUGAUGAUGACUAUGAGAACCCGGACGAUGAAGGGAGCAUGGGAGAUUAUGAGUCUCCUACGGAAGACCACGAGAGAGAGAACCAAGACAGUGACAAUGAUUACGAGUCUCCUUCCGAGGGUCCCAUGGCAGAAAAUGAUGCCUUUGACAACGAUUACGAGCCUCCUCCCUCUGAGCCAACGGAGGACCUCACUCACAAACUGUGUCCCACGCUGCCCAUUGGAGAGAGCGACUAUAUAGAUAACAGGAACAACCGUGUCUAUUGCAGAGGCCCGCCCCCCACUCUGACCCCUCGUCCUCCAGCCUUCUCCAGCCCCGAGCCGGCCCAGCAGCCACAGCCAGUGGAGCCCUCCCCACUGAGACGAGAUCAUUCCCCCCACUUCGGAGGGAGACCCCCAGCAAAGGUGGGUGUAGUGGGUCCAAAACCUUCCGCACCACCACAAGUGUUCCGGAAUAAAAAACCAAACCGAGGAGACCGAGGACCCAACCAGUCUCCCAUGCCAGGAAACCAGUUCACUAAAACAGACAAGAUGGCCUCGCAGCCGUGGAGGCCCCAGUUAGAUGAGAGGUUGCCAGAACCUGCCAGUUGGAACAGCAAGCCUCCUCCUCCCCUCCCGUCCUCCUCUGUCAACAGGAGCAACUCCUCUGCCCGGAUUCCCCCCAACAUGCCCCAGAUGGAUGACAGGAAGCCAGAACCUCCCAGUUGGAACAGCAAGCCUCCUCCUCCCCUCCCGUCCCCCUCUGUCAACAGGAGCAACUCCUCUGCUCCUAACAGAUUCGUGCCUGAGGUGAGGAAUGAGACACAUGAUGAAGCCCCAGGUAAUAUCCCAAGGCACAACACUUUCCCCCUUCAAAGCAAGGGUCUGCUCCCCCGCCCUGUAGCAUCUGGAUCCUCGCCACGAUACACUGACAGUCUGUCGCCAAGUAUUCCUGCUGGUGGCUCCUUGCCCCAAAAGCUGCAGUCUGCAUUAAGUAUUCACAGAAGCAGUUCUAUGGCUGGAGCAGACAGGAAAACACUUCCCCCCCGACCAGCUCCACCAAACCUCCAUCCUUCAUUCACUGAUUCCCAAAACACACAGAGCUUGGAUCGUAGUUGGUAUGUGGGCAGUGUGACCAGAAAGGUGGCAGAGGACUGUCUGAGACAAGUAAACAAGGAUGGGGCGUAUCUGGUGCGGGACAGCACCAAGCAGAUGCCCAACCAGCCCUUCACCCUGAUGGUUCUGUACCAGGUCAAAGUCUACAACAUCCAAAUCAAAUACCAUAACUACCAGUACAUGCUGGGCACCGGGCUCAAGGUCCAAGAGACGUUUCCAACAGUCCGUGACAUCAUCAGUCACUACUCUCGCUCUCCUCUCCUCCUCAUCGACGCCAAAAACCGAAGCUUGGUCCAGCAGAAUCAGUGUCUCCUGUCCGAGCCGGCCGGCUUCCGGCUGGGAUAAAACCAAUCUUAACUGGGAUGGAAAUGGACUCGGCCCAGUCACAAAACCAACCAGUCACUGUCGAACCCAGAGCAGUAUCUGAAUAAGGAUGAACCCAGCGACUCAGUCACCACCGGGGGGGGAAACAGGAAUUAAAAACAACCGGCUCUUCAGAAUCAUGUCCGUGUGAGUCACUCAGUGAGGCACCAGGAACCUAACUGAAAAUAACGUGUGUUCAAACUACUGUCCAAAAAAAGGAGUCUCUGAAGAUUUUUUUUUUUUUGCCAUAUCAGCUGAUUUUCAUUAUAUACAAGAUGUAAGAGGUUCCUUCAUGAUACAUGGUAUUUGUUUGCUGCUUCUAAAAAAAUACUUCACAAGGCAGUGAAGAUCUUGUCCAAGGUCCAACAUUGAGUACCGAAUUCAUAAAUGUACACAGACGAUGUUCUGCUUGGAUACUGAUCCGAAGGAGUAAAUUAAUUCUUGGAGAGCUGAUUGUGUUAAUUUGAGCAUGUUCCACUUUAAAAGGUAAUUUUCUGUAUAGACCAAGUAACUCGCUACUGCAGGCGAUGGUUCAUCUGUACUUUUAAGAUGUAUUUCCUGUUCUCCUCAGGUUCUUUCAGCCCACAACGCUUCUCACAACUAUCUGAGUGUAAACGUGUCUGAUGCCGCCAGUUUUUUAUUCUGAACGGUCAUUAAAAUCUCUUCGUUUGU